GGUAGAGAUUGAAGCGUCCAGGGCGGCGGAAGAUGGGACUCUCUCAACUAGAACUCGCUGAAGCGGGGGAGAUAUCUGCCCGCUCCGGCUAGCUUAACGUUAGCUUGUUUUUGGUUGCUAACUUGUUUCCCGAGUUGUUUUGGACACCCCCUCCCCGUGGUACAGGAGUGCGUGGAGUUGUGACGGGCGGUGCAGGGGGGGGUCCCACGUUUUCGAGCAUGGAUGGGACCCCAUCACCGGCGGGACCGAGCGUGACACCCGCGCAGAGUCAGCCCACGUCGGCGGCGGCCAGCGGAGUCGUCGGGGUCUCCUCCGAUGGAGCAGAUGGGAAACCUACAGCUGCCGGUGUUGAAACUCUGAAUGGAGGCACCGUGGUGGUGAAGUGUCACGUCCCCACCAGCAGCCCUCAGGCAGCUGUCACGCGUGUAAACAACGGACCUGUGUCUGCGGCUUCCGGUGCCAUUAUCCGGAAUACAUCUUCCCCCGUGACCUCCCCGGUGAUCCCCCCUCAGCCCAUUGUGAAAACUGCCCCCACGGUCACGCUUGUGAGGCCGCCUAUGCAAACUCCCAGUAACGCCGCGCAAAGCGGAGGGAACCCCGCUCCAGCUGCGACGGCACCGGCCGGAUGUGUUGUCAACAAGUGGGACUCCACAAAGAUCGUGAUGCAGACUUCUGCUGCCACGACGGGCUCGAUCGUGAGGAGCCCGACUGUUCUGCAGAACCCGAGGACCUCGAUGCAGAUAGCUGCCGCUCCUACUCCCGGGGUAGUACGAGCCAUUGCUCCGCAGGUGUUGGCCCCUCGACUCACUCAGCCCCAGGCAAAUGCCCCAAACAUCCAAAACAUCCAGCUCCCUCCAGGCAUGGUCCUGGUUCGCAGUGAGAGUGGACAGCUGCUGAUGAUUCACCAGCAGACCUUGGCUCAGAUGCAGGCUCAGUCGCAGUCCCAAAGCGCCAUGACGCCACGACCUGCGGCCCCCACAAGCACUCCACCUGUCCAGCUCACUUCUCUACAGGCUCCAGGCGCGGCGUCGCUGCUGACUCGUUCAGUGGCCCCCACCACUAUCAUUAAACAAGGUGCCACAGCCCAGACCACUGUGACGCCCACCACCAAACUGCAGAGGCCACCCGUGCUGCAGAACACCAUCAUGCUGGGAGGAACGGCCGCCACCCCAGGUCAGCCGCUAGGAACGUCCACCACUGUACAGCCUGGAUCUGCAGCCACAACUGUGACACAGAGGGCCGGGCCCCUCAGGGCCCCUGGGGCCUCCACUCCAAUAGCUAUCACAGCUGAAACACUGGAGAAUGUGAAGAAGUGUAGGAACUUUUUGUCCACACUGAUCAAGCUGGCAUCCAGUGGAAAACAGUCCUCUGAGACCACAGCCAGUGUCAAGGAGCUGGUCAAACAACUGCUGGAAGGAAAGAUAGAGCCUGAAGAUUUCACCAGUAGAUUAUACAAAGAGCUGAACUCGUCGCCACAGCCGUACCUUGUGCCUUUCCUGAAGAGAAGUCUCCCUGCACUGCGCCAGUUGACCCCAGACUCAGAGGCCUUCAUUCGGCAGAGCCUGCUGCCGCAGCCCAGCACUCAGGCCGCUGCCACAUCCUCCAAGGCCCUCACCGCUGUGGUGAUGCGACCUCCACUCUCCACCGCCACCACUGUAGCCACCAGCUCCACCACGCCCAAAAACACAGUCGUCAGCCUCACUCAGACGCCUCAGAAAACGGGACUGCAACAGGGGACUGUAGUGAGGCCACAGGUGACGGGGAAUCAGUCUCCCAUGGUGACACUCCGAGGUCAGCCUCACAGCCGCAUCCUCGUGGGUCAGCCGCAGGUCGUCAAACAGCUGCAGACAGUUCCGGCUGUGAGGCACAUGUUUGUUCCGGGGGCCAAAGGAGUGCAGGUUGUCAAUCAGAGCCUUCUCACUGCCGCUCAGAGGAACAAGCUGAUGGAAGCAGGAGGAGGAGCCUUCAGGGACGAUGAUGAUAUCAACGACGUGGCCUCCAUGGCAGGAGUCAACCUGUCGGAGGAGAGUGCCCGUAUCUUAGCAACCAACUCCGACCUUGUGGGCGCGGUGACUCGCUCCUGCAAGGACGAGGCCUUUCUCUCCACCGCCCCGCUCACCCGGCGAGCUCUCGAGAUCGCUAAGAAGUUUGGUGUCAGCGAGUUGGGCUCAGAUGUGAUCAACUUCAUCUCCCAUGCUACGCAGCAGCGCCUGCAGAGCCUGCUGGAGAAGGUGUCCCUCGUGGCGCAGCAGAAGAACGUAACUUUCAAGGAGGAUGAGCGGCACGUGCAAGUCAGCGACGUGCGAACCCAGCUCCGGUACUUCGAGCAGCUGGAUCAGGUGGAGAAGCAGAGGAAGGAGGAGCAGGAGAGAGAGAUCCUCUUGAAGGCUGCCAAGUCUCGGUCACGACAAGAGGACCCCGAGCAGCUGAGACUCAAACAAAAGGCCAAAGAGAUGCAGCAGCAGGAGCUGGCUCAGAUCCGGCAGAGAGAAGCCAACCUCACGGCGCUGGCAGCCAUCGGCCCGAGGAAAAAACAAAAGAUGUACUCUCCCGUUCGAGGUGCCAGUGCAGAGGGCUCCGGGUCAGGGCCCUGCCAGCCCGCGGGCUCCGGUGGAGGCGGCUCCAGACAGUUUAUGCGACAGCGCAUCACCAGAGUCAACCUCAGGGACCUGCUCUUCUGCCUGGAGAAUGAAAGAGGGACCAGUCACUCACACCUACUCUAUAAAGGCUUCCUCAAAUAGCACCCGCAUUAGAGUGACGAGUCGAACUCAGUGGCAUUAAGGAAGCAGAGUUGACUGUCAGCUCAGACCCUCUCUGCUGGUACUUUGAUCAGCCUCCCCAGAAUGUGGAGACGCGUGUCUGUGGGAAGUGAAUUAUCUGGAACGCCGAGGAGACGUCAGCUUUCAAAAGCCUCUUCAGCUCUCAGCCCUUUUGUGUUUUCAGCACAGCGAUGGAGCAAAUAUUGAAACUUGGCCCUGAUUUCAGAGGGAGCCUCUCAGCCCGCUUUGCUCUUCAGAGACCAGUUGCACUCAGCCGCUCUUCCCUCAUGCUCUGCCUCACGCUGCACAGGAGGAGAAGAAGAAAAAAGUAUUUUACCGAACUGAGCUCUUCAGAUUUGAAAGCCUUGUCAGUGUCACUGCACUGACGUCUGGGUAGAAAUGAAUAAGUGGUUCCAUUUGAGAUUAACGUGCAACAUUCAGCUGCAGCACGAUAUCACUGAGCUGCAGUAAUUCAAACUUUCUCGACCACGACGACAUAAACACUCUGUUUAUUUACGUUUUUUUUUAACGGAGGUUCUAAUUUAUCGCACGUUUAUACCUUGUGUUUUUUUUUCUUUUUCCAGUUUUAUUUCCUGUGGAUCGUUUCACACAGACUUAUUUCGACCCCUCAUGUCUUUUGCUGAGUUGCCUUGUUCAAAUGAAGCCAUAUGAAUUAGACUGUGUCGUUCAGCUCAAGUAACUUCAUCUCUCCAUCAGCUCGUUCCAGAUUUGUCGGAUGCAUUCUUUAUUUUGUUGUUUGCUUUUUCUUUUGUGUGUGUCUUUGCUUGAUUGAAAACCGAAAUAAUAAUGUAUAUUAUCAUGCGUCGUGCAGCAGUUGAAUCCCACACGGUUACACAUGGUGUAAUCACAACGUGUUGAUAUCUGUUGGUAUUUGAAUUGCGGUGUUUUCACUGUGGGAGACCCUGAUUGUUUUUUUAUUAUUUUAUUUAGAUUCCAGCACAGUUACAACAAUGUUUACUUAUCAUCCCUGCUGAUCAUUUCUGAAGCCACCAUACUGAGUUUCCCCCCCACAGCCUUUUUCCAUUCAUUUCUUAAGUGAUUGCAGACAAUUAAACUUUCUGUUUUUAAUA